UCAGAUGAAGAUGUCUGCGUGUUCAAGUGCUCUGUGUCCCGCGAGACCGAGUGCAGUUUUUUUUUCAUCAUCACCCUGGGCUGCAACAGUGUCCUCCUGCAGUUUGGGACCCCCAAUGACUUCUGCUCCUUUUACAACAUCCUGAAGAACUGCCGCGGCCACAACACAGAACGUUCGGUUUUCAGCGAGCGCACGGAGGAGUCCUCAGCCGUGCAGUACUUCCAGUUCUACGGGUACCUGUCCCAGCAGCAGAACAUGAUGCAGGACUACGUGCGGACAGGCACGUACCAGCGUGCCAUCCUGCAGAACCACAGCGACUUCAAGGACAAGAUCGUCCUGGAUGUCGGCUGCGGCUCCGGCAUCCUCUCGUUCUUCGCGGCGCAGGCCGGAGCGCGCAAGAUCUACGCGGUGGAAGCCAGCACCAUGGCCCAGCACGCCGAGGUGCUGGUGAAGAGCAACAACCUGACUGAGAGGAUCGUGGUGAUCCCGGGGAAGGUGGAGGAGGUGUCGCUGCCAGAGCAGGUGGACAUCAUCAUCUCGGAGCCCAUGGGCUACAUGCUCUUCAACGAGCGCAUGCUCGAGAGCUACCUGCAUGCCAAGAAGUACCUGAAGCCCAGUGGGAACAUGUUCCCCACGAUCGGGGAUGUGCACUUGGCACCGUUCACGGACGAGCAGCUCUACAUGGAGCAGUUCACCAAGGCUAACUUCUGGUACCAGCCGUCCUUCCACGGCGUCGACCUUUCCGCGCUCCGCGGGGCAGCCGUGGACGAGUACUUCAGGCAGCCUGUGGUGGACACCUUUGAUAUCCGGAUCUUAAUGGCCAAAUCCGUCAAAUACACCGUGAACUUCUUGGAAGCCAAGGAGGGUGACUUGCACAGGAUAGAAAUACCCUUCAAAUUCCACAUGCUGCACUCAGGGCUGGUGCAUGGCUUGGCCUUCUGGUUCGACGUGGCCUUCAUUGGCUCCAUCCCCACGGAGCCGCUGACUCACUGGUACCAGGUCCGGUGCCUGUUCCAGUCUCCGCUCUUUGCCAAAGCCGGGGACACGCUCUCAGGGACUUGCCUCCUCAUCGCCAACAAGAG